AUGGGCAAAUCCAUUUGUCGUAUAAUCUUAAAUGUCGGUGGUGUCAAGCAUGAAACAACACGUGAUACACUUUUAAUUUUUCCAGAUUCUUUACUUGGUACUAUGUUCAAAGAAGAAAAUUUACAAAUGUGCAAAUUGGAAAAUGGAAAUGAAGUUUUCCUUGAUCGGAAUGGACAUGCCUUUCAUUAUAUUCUAGAAUUUUAUCGUACAAGAAAACUUCUUUGGAGUGAUCACUUACAUUAUAUUACGAAAGAAGAAAUCGAAUCUGAAAUUGAUUUUUUCCAGUUACCAAUUGAGUUACCAUUACCUCCCCCUGUUGUUGAAAAGCCUGACUCACGUAUAGAAGCGUUGAAUGAACUCAUCGGAGUAUUUGAAUCUCUUAUUUCAACAGCAAAAGGAAUUUAUAUUCAUAAAUUAGACUUAACAUUUCCUUGUUAUGACAAAGAUGGGUUCUUUAUGGAACCAAGGAUUAAAAGGCUAGUUGAUAUAGUACAGCAAUUUUCUGAUUCUGCGUUUCAUUUAUUGCACAAAUUUGGUGAAAGGAUUGGUUCUUAUCUUAAAGAAAAUGAUAACGAAUUAAAAUGGGAAUUAAGUAUUAAUGAUUUGGGUUGGCAUAAUGCUAAAUGUAUCAUUAAUAUUGAAAUUGAUGCUCAAUAUGACGAAUCUCUCAUUAUAGACAAUUCGAUUAUUGGAAGGAAAAUAUAUUUAUCGUAA